UGAUAGGGAUUAAAAGAUAAAUGUGGAUAAUUUACGAGCGAUGCAUAUUCAAUGAACCGGGAUAAAUGUUUUCAAGUGAAGUUGAUAAUAUUAUGUGAUCAAGUGUAUGAAGUAAUAACUACGGACUAAGUUUUAUAAAAUCUGCCCAAUUCUUUGUACUUUGUUAUUUGCAUGGUUUGGGCGGAACGCUUACAGAAGCUAAAAUUAGUGCGCACUUCCUCACAAAGUAUUGUUUUUAUUUGUUUGCCAUACGGCAAACGAAUUAAGAAAGGGGUACAUUGUUUAGAGACAACAGGACUAUCUUUAAUACGUUGAGAUUUUUGGAGGUAAAAAUACACGUCGAAGACAUGAAUGUAAGGACAAUAUGAAAUAUUUCUUAUCAAAGGUGUGUUCCACGCCAAAUGAGCGCCUUUAUGUUUUGAAUGUGUAGGUUACUGAUGUUCUAUUAAAUUGUAACCGUAACUCCGUAAAAUCCGUAAAAUCCUACCCUUCGUCUGUAAUUGACAAACGCUGCAUGCUCAAAUGAACAAACUACUUGUUCUAACAAACAGCACAAAACGUUGAUUAACGAGAAAAUCCCAUAUAAAAUAAACGUUUUAAUUUAAUAAAAUGCACGAUACAGCAGUGGGUCAGUCUCACAACCCGGGGACUUUGAUACCCGGCAUGCCUGAAUCCGAAGUGACCAAGAAGUAUCCGGACUAUUGCAGGACAAUCCGCAUACACGACUCAAACGGCGGCGUCAAGGAGCUCGUGUUUCCGGCGGCCUUGGACCUGGACCGACCGAAGAGGGCUCGAACCACAUUCUCUCCAGACCAGCUGUACGAGCUUGAAACAGAGUUUCGGCGCAAUCAGUACCUGGUGGGAAAGGAACGCACCGACCUGGCGAAGAGGCUUAAACUUUCCGAGACACAGGUAAAGGUGUGGUUCCAAAACCGAAGAACCAAGUACAAGAGAGACAGAGCCAAGGAUGCAGAAAGCAGAGAUUCAAAGUCAGAGAGUUUUGCCGCCUGUAACAUACUGCGAAUGCUCCAGCACGAUACCUCUCAAGGGACGCAACCCUGCUUUACGCACAUUAAUACACUACUUCCGCCUUACCACCCAUACACUUUCUCAGGAUAUAGUCCCACGUAAACGGUGCCAUGCAUUGUCAUUUUUUGUUUGAAAUUACUUUGGUAUUUUAUUUAUUGCAUUACACAUAUCUUGUUUUGAAUUUAUUGGGAUGAAACAUAAUAAUUGCCGAUAGAAAGUCAAACAUUAUAUUUGUGAAAUUAGAUACAUGUAUGUGAAAACAAUGUCUGACGUUUGUCUGCAGCGAGUGUUGCGUGUUUUUAUAACUGUUUGUUAUUUGGCGAAUGACACAAAUUUGAAGAUUGGAGUUUACACGAAUGUCAUUCAUUGAAACAAUAUACACAUAGUCCUUAUUCGGCGUAUAGUAGCUUGCUAUAAAAUGUAUCCAGGGUUUCAAUAAAAUCAGUCCGGCAAAUUAGACAGGCAUAAAUCCAAAUAUCACCGAACGUAACUUGACCUUCUUCGGCUUGGCAUCGUGUGCGAUAUGAUAAAUCGAUGUAAACGAAUACGCAUUACAUUUUUAUUUCAAGAGUAUAGUAUGAUGCACACAUCAAUUCCAUUAUUUUUUAAUGCAACCGCAUAUCUUCUUUAUCAAUAUUCAGGAACAUUCCGGGCUUUUAAAGCAUUAUGUACAAUGACGAGCUCUGGCAACCACAGAUAAAAGCAGCGGUGUGUGUUUUCUACUAAUAUACCUGCGUCUAUAAUACGCAUCUCAAAAUAGUUCUUAUAAUUUCUUGUUAUCGUAUUUGUUUUAAUUGUUU